ACACACAAGUAGCGGCCACAUCCACUGUGGACAAAUCCGUGUUCAGUGACGUGUUUUUGUAUUAGCCCCCUUUUUUAUGCAUGUUCAACCCUUCUCCGUCGCUGGCUGAUUUGAAUUCAUUCAGGAUUCGAGCCGUCGGUUCCCUGCGCGCUCCUUAUUUCCAUCAAUUCCACUCACCCCACUCUCUUUUCUUCUAUUUAUUUAUUUCUCUGCCUCGACAGACCCGUUAUUCAGCCCAUCCGCGGUCGUCCACCCCCCCCCCUCUCUCUCUCUCUCUCUCUCUCUUUCUCUCUCUCUCUCUCUCUCCCUCUCUCCCUUUCUGCUUCUGUGACGCGCUGCGAAUUUCUGAAAAUAAAAAGCCUGCAGCAGCAGGGCAGUGACCAUGGGUUCUCUGGUUCAAGCUUUCUAACAGCGGACGGACAGAGAGCGGGACAACCGUUCAAGCCACAACCUCCACCGGCACCACCUUUGCAGUGAGAAAGACUCAGAGAGGGGGAGAGAAAAGCAGAAAGAGGCAAAAGAGAGAGAAGGAGUGCAAGAAGGAGAGAGGGGAGCGGGUGAGAACAGUCGAUGGAUGCUGUCCGGAUUGAGGGGACAGCACGUUCUUCACUGACGAGGAAAAGAAAGAUUUCAAAAUUGAGUCGAAGGAUAGAAACUCGCCGUCAGGCAUGGUGUGUGAGAAGGGGAUCCAGAUCCUUCUCACCACCGUGGGGGCAUUCGCUGCCUUCGGCCUGAUGACGGUGGCAAUAGGGACGGACUACUGGCUGUACUCCCGUGCCCUCAUCUGCAACAGCACAGCCAAUGUCACGCAGGAUGACCCCCACAACAAGGACAAGAAGGACCCUGGGGCCCUCACCCACUCUGGACUGUGGAGGAUAUGCUGCCUAGACGGAGUGAAGCAAGGAGUGUGUUCUCAGAUCAACCACUUCCCAGAGGAUGCAGACUUUGACCAUGAUGGGGCAGAGUACGUCCUACGGGUGGUCAGGGCUUCCAACAUCUUCCCAAUCCUCAGCGCCAUUCUGCUGCUGAUGGGAGGGGUGUGCAUUGCUGCUAGUCGUUUCUAUAAGAGCAAAAGGAACAUCAUCCUGGGGGCCGGAAUCCUGUUUGUGGCUGCAGGUCUGAGUAACAUAAUUGGCGUGAUCGUGUACAUCUCGGCUGCACUGGGGGACAUCUCUCCUAAGAAGGAUGAAGACAAGAAGUGGCAGUACUCAUACGGUUGGUCCUUUUACUUCGGAGGCCUCUCCUUCAUCAUGGCCGAGAUGGUUGGGGUGCUGGCCGUCAACAUCUACAUCGAGAAGAACAAGGAGCUGCGCUGCCGCUCGCGCACCGACAUUUUCAAGAGCACCACACACGCCAUGCUACGCCUGCCCAGCUACCGCUUCCGCCGCCGAUCCCGCUCCUCAUCCCGUUCCACCGACCCGUCCCGGUCCCGAGACCCCUCACCUGUAGGGGGAGGUGGGGGCAAGAACUUUGGCCUGCCCCCGUCUGCGCUGCUUUCCCAGGGCCCCAUCUCAGUGUCCACUUUACCCAACCCCCACUCGCGCUCCCACACGGCCCUGGCUGGAGGUGACAUCUCCCUCUACACGUUGUCCCGAGACCCAAAACUGGGGGGCUUGCCACCCAUGUAUGGAACGGUGGACAGGGCCACGCUCUACCAGCUCCACAACUGCUUCCCAAAGGACGGGGGUGGAGGGGGAGUGAUGAUGAGUGGUACACUUCCCUCGCUUAAGUCCCACAACCCCUCAAAUUCUUCCAACUCAAAUGUGCCGAUGCCCAACUCUGUGGGCUCCGGCCCGCCACCCUUCACCUCAUCCACAGUAGACAGGGAGCGAGGGAUGGGAACUCUGGACAGGCUGAAGGGAGACAGGGAGAGCAACUCUAACACCCUCAAUAGGAAGACAACGCCCGUGUAGAGAGAGGCUAUGAGAGGGGGAGGCAGGGUGGAAGGGAGAGACAGAGGAUGGGGCGUAGUGUGAGAGGGCAGAUAGAGAGGAGCACUGUGUUUGUGUGGCUCAACAGGAAAUAAAUAGAAGGCAGACAGAUGAAACACCAAUAUCCCUCCCUCUAUGUUCACUGUUAUUUAGUCUACUCAAUCUCACUGAGAACAAAAAGAAGAGGGGUAAUAACAGAGUGAUAAUAACAACAACAAUGAACUUUCACAAUAAAACUAUUUUGAUAUUUUAAUGUGCUAGAAAUGAUUUAUUUUGUUAAUGAUCAAACGCAAUUAACCUUGGGCUAUUAUGAAAAUGUUUCACAUGGGGUUUUUUUUCCGUGCAAUAUUAUCGCUAAUUUAGCCAGAUCAGCAUUAAUGUCAAAUUGUUGUUGUGAUUAUUCUUAGCGUUAUUACAAGCUAGCUGCAUUUGCAAACACUGUAGAUUGGAAUGAAAUUUUCAAUUUGAUGACUGAGUUUUUUUUUCUUCUUUUUAUUUUGAUGUAUGUUUUCUCCAUUUUAAUUUUUAGAUCUUGACAACCUUUACUGUGAAUUUCUUCCAUUGCACAGCCACUGGGACUGUCAGUGAGCUGCGUGUAGCUGUGUCAAAGUGUCAAGCAUGAGUGUGCACAAUAUGUGGGAGAAUGUGAGCCUGUGUUGGUUUUUUUAACCCCCAUAUGAUAUAAUUUUCAUCUAUAACAUGAAGUCAGAUGUGAAUACUGUAAAUUGUCUUCCAAUAUUGAUACAGAAAGAAAUGCAACAACGUGAGUGACUGAGACAACUGACCAACUUCAUUGUUAUUAUGAGUCUGAGUUUCCUGCAGGCCUGCGUUAGUCUUAUUUCCAUUCUAAUCAGUGUUAACAGUAGUACUUGUAGCUAUAGUCGUGUUGAAGAUGUUUGUUCAUGGGCAUUAACAGAAACCUCUGACUGGAGGAAGCAUAAAAAAGAGACACAGAAUAAUACAUUUGUACAGAAUCAGGUAAAAGUUGCUGCCUGAGCAGAACAACAACGACAACAAAAAAGACGGUCCCAAAGUGACACAUGCAACUCAUCAUUUUUAGUGGCAAAAAACAGAAUAUGUAUAUGUGGGUUGAGACGGUUUAAAAAACACUAUAGAGAAAAACUUUUGAAAAGAUACCUGUACAUUGUAAUUUAUGCAUACAUAUAUUUGUAAAGUCUACAGAUACGUUUUCGGGACCACUGUUUAAACUGGUUAUGCAUUUUGGGCAGGGCGGGUUUGGAUGAAGUGUUUUGUUCCCGGUGCCCUCCCUGGACUCUUGUUGGGUGGUUUCACCCCCCCACCCCCACCCCACAGCGCCACUCUUGGCCCUUCCCCUGCCCAUAUUUGGUCACAUGAUCAGUGUUUCCCCUACUUUGUCAUAUCACCCUUAACCUUUUCACUGUGCUUCCCCUGUGACAGCUGACUGAACUCUGACCUGUUCUGUUUAUGUUGAUGAGAAUGUAAACACAUGUAAACCCCUCCCCGCCCCACUCUCUCUCUUUUGAACUGUCCCGAGUGACUGCAGAUCCGGGUUGAAACCAUGGACACACCUGCAACAUGAUAUAAUGAAGAAACAAAACAACAACCAGACGCUUCCAGAUUCUCUAAGUUUUCAAUUUCUUUGAUUUCAUUUCAGAAAAAAAGAAAAAAAGUGAUAAAACUGCACACAGAUAGCAUUUAUGUGGGCAAUAUGAAUAGUAUGUAGUUGAGAAUAGAUAUAUCUAGACAAAUAAUUAUGGUUUAUCUAAAUGUGUGAUAAACUUAAACACUGUAUUGCACGAAGUUUAUAAAAAAAGAACAAUAACAGACAUAUUCACAGAC